CAAAGGGGACCCGGCAGCGGUGGCCGCACCCGGGCGAUGCUGCAGGUGGGGCUCAGCCUGCCCGGCUCCCCCGGGGGGGCGGCCGGGGGCUUCCCCGGGGCCGAGCGGGACGGGGGCGAGGACACGGGCACCGGGCGAGAGGCCUUUGGCUCAUCUCCAGUCACCAUCGUGGUCACAUCCGAGGCUGACAGCUGGGACACCGACGCCUCCUCCUGUGCGGGCUGUGGACAGUUCGUGGACUGGGACAGGAUGCCGGACCCGCAGCGGCCGGCACAGAUCCCCCCGGACAUCCUGAGCAAGCCCCAGAAGGAGCUGAAGAAGCUGGCGAGGGAAGGCUGCUGGGCCAUGAGCCACGCCCUCAGGGCUCGGCUCUACCACCAGCUCAUCCAGCAGGUCUCCUGCCGGCUCAUCACCCCAGACGCUCUCGUCUACAGGGACGUGGCGAGCCGGCUCUUCGGGAAGCCCGGCGGGAGCUCCCACCCUCUGCCAGAGUUCCUGGAGGGAUGCCCCAUGCCCACCUACUGCCUCAACCCGGAAGGGGUCACUGCCCUGAAGAAGAUCCUCAUCUGUGUUGGCAACCUCUUCCCUGACAUAACCUACAGCCCGAUCCUGCCCUCCCUGGUGGCUCUGCUGCUGCACUACAGCGAGGACGAAGCUCAGUGCUUCGCGAGCAUCUCUCGCCUCCUCGCCAGCAACGCUCCCCACACCAGCUACAUCGACCAGUCCUUCCUGGCCCACCAGGCCUCCUGCAUGACAUUUGGGGACCUGGCCAACAAGCACUGCCCAGCAGCUCACAAACUCAUAGCCAGUGCCUCCAAGAACGUCUUUGAGGUCUACUCAGAGUGGUUGUCGUGGCUCUUCCACGACCUGCCCUUCGCUUACGCCAUCCGUGUGCUGGACGUGUUCCUGCUGGAGGGGCAGAAGGUCCUGUACCGCAUCGCCCUGGCCCUGCUGAGGCAGUUCAGGCUCUCGGGGAGCUCGGCCGAGCCGGAGGGCACUGACAUCAAGGCAGACCUGCAGGCUUUCGUGCAGAACAUUGCUGAGCACGUGACUGUCGACAAACUCCUGGAGAGAGCCUUUGGCAUCCGGCUGUUCUCCCGCAAGGAAAUCUGGCUGCUCCAGAUGGCCAACAGGAAGGCGUUAAUGGAGAGGGGCAUAACCAUGGUGCAGAGCAGGCAGCCCUUCCACCUGGCCGUGGACAUGCAGAACUUCAGCUCCAGCAUCGUCACCACUCAGGAGAUGCGCCUCGUCUGGUCCUGGAUCCCCGAGCGCUUCUCCCUCUUCCCCCCCCUGCUGCUCUUCUCCACCUCCCAGGACGGGUGCAGCCUGCAGAGGUUUUACACGUGCUGUGAGGGCUACGAACCGACCGUGCUGCUCAUCCAAACCACCGAGGGGGAGGUGUGUGGGGCGUUUCUCUCCUCCGACUGGAGUGAAAGGAAGAAGAGCGGGGCAACAUCGGCCUUUUUUGGGACAGGGGAGUGCUUUGUGUUCACUGUGCGCCCCGAGGCAGAGAGGUACGAGUGGGUGCUCAUCAAGCAGCCGGAGCUGGCCAAGGCUGUGCCGCGCUCCCGCCAGCGCUCGCCUUCCCCCUCUCCCGACUCCCGGCCCGGCUCCUGCCCGGGCAGCCCCAGCUCCAGCUCCAGCCGCCUCACCGUGCCCACGCCGCUCAGGAAAGGCCGCCUGUCCCCGUUCCUGGCCGUCAGGCAUUUCCUCCUGCCUUCCAAAACAGCCUCCAUGUUCAUGUCCGGCUCCCGGGAAGGGAUCGUUAUCGGUGGAGGGGGAGGCCAAGCCCUGUCCCUCGACGCCGACCUGCUCUGGGGGCACACGGAGCACUGCGAGACCUUCGACAACCCCCCGCUCUGCCAGGAGGACUUCAAGGUGCAGCUCUUGGAAGUGUGGGGCUUCCAGAGCGCGUAGGUCCCGUGGGGGACGGAGCCCCUCGUGUGCUGCCCACGGACACGGGGACCCCUCCCCGUGCUGGGCACCCCCGGCCGGCCUGGGGCCGUCUCUGCUGCAGCUCCACUCUCCAUCCCCCCUCCACCAUCAGCCACCGCGGUGCUGUGGAGAGAGGGCAAAGCAGAGCCAGGAACGGCACCGCGGGCGCUGCCUCUGGGGACACUCGGGGUCCCUUCUGCAGUUUAGACCCAGCCUGCUCCACCCAGUCUGGCCCAGUUUAGGGAGCUGGAGGGGAGGGCAGCCAGUCUGGUGUUUCUCACACCUCCCUGGCCAGUUUGCAGCUUGGGGCUCAGCAAACCAGUGGCACCGCAGCAUGGGCAGGUUUUGUAGGAAUUUUGAGCCCAGGAAAAAACCAACACCAGGGUCCAAAGCUUCAGAUUUCACAGGCAUCCAGGGAAGAGGAGGAGGUGAGGCACAGCCCUGCAUGCUCCUGUGUCUGACCUUCACCCACAGAGCCCAAAUUAAAGAACUCUGCAGAAUUGCUCUUUCCCUAAAAAGCUCUGCCAGGGUGUCCUCAGUAUUUUUUCCUUUCCAUGAUCAUGUACUGGACUUUCUGUCUGGCUGAAAGUUACCCAUAGGAGUCCCUCUCUCUUCCCAAGAGGCUGUUUCAUCUCUCCACCCAGAGAUGGGAGACCUUAGAGCCCCUUCCAAUGCCUAAAGGGGCUCCAAGAGACCUGGAGAGGGACUUUGGACAAGGGCCUGGAGGGACAGGACAAGGGAGAAUACCUUCAAACCGACAGAGGGCAGAGUUAGAUGGGAUAUUAGAAAGCAAUUGUUCCCUGGGAGGGUGGGGAGGCCCUGGCACAGGUUGCCCAGAGAAACUGUGGCUGCUCCAUCCCUGGAAGUGUCCAAGGCCAGGUUGGACACUAUUUGGAGCAACCUGGGCUGGUGGAAGGUGUCCCUGCCCAUGGCAGGGGGUGGAACGAGGUGAGCCUUAAGGUCCUUUCCAACCCAAACCAUUCUGGGAUUCUGUGAUUUCCUUGUAAAGGUCUAACAGGCACAUCUCAUGCAUUCCCAGGCCAGAGGCUGGGGUUGUGCUGUGCAGGCUGUGGAGUCUCCAGUGCAGUGGCAGAGCCUGUCAGUCCCUUUGCAGCUGCACGUGCCACGUGCCCACACUGCCAGGUCAGAGCCAUCUGUCACAGUGGGUGUCAGUGCUUGCAACACUCCCUGUGCUCUGCUGAGCCUUUCCUGUGUCUGAAAGGGAUUCUGCAGUCCUUUCUCCUUAUACCUUAUUCCAUUACUGAAUAAAGUUCAAAACUCUCGGAGAAUUAAAAAAACCCACAAAACCACACAGUGGGGAAGCAGCAGGGCCAGGAGGUUGAGGGGACUCUUUAUCUGUGUCGUGCUGUCACUUGCCUGCAGUGGGUCAGCACCCCUGCCCCUCACCUCACAUCCCAUGGCACCCCAGCCCCUUGACUCCUGGCCCCACAGCCCCACAGCCCGUCACCCCCGAUCCCCAUGGUACUCCAGCUCCUUACCCUGUGUCCCUACAGCACUCCAACUUCUCACCCACAGCACCCCAGCCCAUCACCCCAUGUUCCCACAGCAUGCCAGCCCCUCAUGCCACAGCCCCAUUGCACCACAGCCCCUCACCCUACAGCCCCAUGGCAACCCAGCACCUCACCCUGCAGCCCCAUUGCACCCCAGCCCCUCACCCUACAGCCCCAUGGCAACCCAGCACCUCAUCCCUAUUGCCCCAUUGCACCCCAGCCCCUCACCCUGCAGCCCCAUGGCAACCCAGCCCCUCAACCUCCAGCCCCAUUGCACCCCAGCCCCUCAACCUCCAGCCCCAUUGCACCCCAGCCCCUCAUCCCACAUCCCCAUAGCACCCCAGUCCCUCACCCCACAGCCCCAUUGCAUCCCAGUCCCUCACCCUAUUGCUCUGUGAAACCCCAACCCCUCACCCUGCAGCCCCAUGGCAACCCAGCUCCUUAUCCCACAGCCCCAUUGCACCUCAGUCCCUCACCCUAUUGCCCUAUGGCACCCCAGCUCCUCACCCUAUUGCCUUGUGAAACCUCAGCCCCUUACCCUGCAACCCCAUGCAAACCCCAGCCCCUCAUGCCACAGCCCCAUUGCAUUCCACACCCUCACCCUACAGCCCCACAGUGCCCCAGCCCCUCAUCCCUACUGCCCCAUGGCACCCCAGCCCUUCGUCCUACAGCCCCAUGGCACCCCAGACCCUCACCCUGCAACUCCAUGGCAACCCA